GGGCGGGCUACUGUGUGGUUAAUGACGGCUGAUAUCCCAGGUGAGGUCAUUUAGUACAUCAUGGAGACAGGAGGACCAGGGCUGCCUCUCUGCAGGAAUAGCAUGGCCAGGCAAUGCUGCCAGAACGAGGCCCAGGAAAGUGGCAUUCUAUACAGAAACCGCUGAACAUGUGAUAGUAUGUCAACACUGUGCCUCUACCGCUGGGAAACCUUUUAAAACCAAAUGUGGACAAUAAUCCGGAUUGUUCAGCAACAAAUCAGUUUCCUAAUUAAAAGUCCUUCAUAACUCAUUUUACUGAUGGAUCUCAAUAUUGUAUAAUCUUCAUAUGAGACGUCUUUUUUUUUUUUUAAAUCCCAGUAUUGAUUUAUUAUUAUUAUUAUUAUUAUUAUUAUUAUUAUUAUUAUUAUUAUUCAUUAUCCCUUAUUGCAAGCAUUCCUAUUCUGAUACUGACCUCUGCAUUUGAAUAGUGCUACAGCAGCAGCGAUGAGUUGACUUUGGAAACAGUUUUGUACAUUAGACAAUGCAUUUGACAAGGCAAGCUAACCUGGUUUCAUAACAGCAAGCCAACAAGUUAUCAGGAUCCUGGACAAUUGAUUUGGAGGGGCACCCAGUACCACCCCAGCUGCUUGAAACCCAGCCCCCCCCCCCGUUCGAGAGAAACAGACCCAUCGGUCCUUGAUGAGCGGCUGGCACAGUGCCUCCUUGCCAUGGCUCAAUCGUUUGACUCGCCACGCAGGGAGAUGACUAAUGGAUCCCACCCCAGCGGCCAGGCUGGAGGUGCAAACACAGCAACGCGAUACCUGCUGAGGAAACAGUACCGGCUGCAGAACGGGCAGCCCAGGGGAAUCCGAUCCUCCUCUCCGAUGGGCAGGGUGAUCCUGAUAAACUCCUCCGAAGACGGAAGUGAUGAAAGUGAUGCGAUUCAUACCCUGACGGUGGACAAAAGUGCGGAUGGAAAACUGGGUUUCAGCGUUCGAGGAGGGUCGGAGCACGGGCUCGGCAUUUUUGUCAGUAAAGUGGAAGACGCGAGCACUGCAGAGCAGGCCGGUCUGUGUGUGGGUGACAAACUCAUGGAGGUGAACGGGGUCAACCUGGAGAGCAUCACCAUGGGCAGCGCUGUCAGGGUCCUCACGGGGAACAAUCGCCUGCGCAUGGUGGCCAGACGGGUGGGAAAGGUGCCCGGGAUCAAGUUCUCCAAGGAAAAGACCACAUGGGUGGACCUGAUUAACGGACGGAUGAUUGUGGAAGAAAACAGGAGCAGUCCUUCGGAGAGCAGCUCUGAAGCCGGGGUGAGGAGGAUCGUUCACAUCUACACCACGUCCGAUGAUUGCUGUUUAGGAUUUAACAUCCGAGGCGGAAAGGAAUUUGGACUUGGAAUAUACGUCUCCAAGCUGGAUCCCGGAGGUCUGGCUGAGCAAAAUGGGAUUAAAACCGGAGACCAGAUCUUGACAGCCAAUGGAUACAGUUUUGAGGACAUCAGCCAUAGUCAGGCAGUGGAGGUGCUGAAAAGCCACACACACAUCAUGCUGACGAUAAAGGAGGUGGGAAGGUAUCCUGCAUACAAGGAGAUGGUAGCUGAGUACAGCUGGCUUAACAAACUCGGCAACGGGCAACUACAGCAGUCCUCUCAAGCCUCGGACACAAACUCCUCCCUCUCCUCCUACUCCUCGGGGACCCCCCUCAGCUCCAGCAGUGGUAUCUCCCAGAUGCUCCCCCACUACGCCUCUGAGAUGGUUGACGUCUGCAUCUCCACUGAAGACUCACGGCGGCCCAGCUACUCCGAGCGGACAGAGACGGCCAUGCAGACUGACCUCCAGAUUCCCCCCACCAACGCCCUUGACCAGGACAGCCUGCAGCGGUCAGGGAAAACCAUCACCACAGAGACCAGUCGGACUUUAGGGGCCACUGUCCUACUAAAGGACACGGCCAUCCGGACCGAGAGCUUUAAAGAGACGGCCCGGGCCAGGCACAGGACUUUCUCAACAGGAGACUCCGCCGAUGAGCAGCUGGACUCUCCAAAAACCGCUGUGCUCAUGGCACUCAGCAAGCCCAGGAAAACCAUCAGAAGGUCUCAGAGUCACAUCACUGUGCUAGAGGACAAGCAGAAGAAGAAGCAGCAGCAGAAAGGGAAGGUUGCCGGGGAGGGAACAGAUCUGCAGCGCUCCAAGACCUUUGUGAGCCUGCUGUUUAGAAGCGGCCGGACUGGGAAGCAGCAGAAGAGCCCGAGCUCCAGAGAGAAGAGGCAGAACAGCUCUGCAGAGAGGAGGAGCCACUCCAAAUCUCCCUCCCGCUCCGAGGCAGACAGAGAGAGAGGUGGUCCAUUGUCGCUGUCCGGCACGCAGGAGGAGCUGGUCUCAGGGCAUCGGGAGGAGAGUCGGGUUGCCUCUGCUGAGCAGGGGCUUUCUCUGGUGGAGGACAUGGCCAGAAAGCUGCUGAAUGAAGAUGAGGUCUCAGCCAUCACAAGACACUGCCGGAGAUAUGUUUCAGAGAGAGUGGUGGAGGAUCUUGUGAAGCCACUGCUUGUUAUACUGGAUCGCCCCGAGAAGCUGCUGCUGCUAAGAGAGAUAAGAACAAUCAUCCUGCCUACGGACCUGGGCAGGUUUGACAGCAUGGUCAUUCCUUUUGAGCUUGAAGCGUACGACAUUCUGAAGAGCAGAGCAGGUAGGGAAGUAAGGUCUCCAGCCCUCAGGACCCCCCAGAACGGACUGGCACCUAAAAGACAUCUCAUAACUCCAAUCCCAGACUACAGGGGAGGAUUCCACCUAAAGCCACUUCAGGACUUUGAAAACGACAGGCUGCUGAUGGAGGAAAUGGAGAAGCUUAAACUGUCUGGACUGCAGGAUAUCAAACAGCUCCCAUCUAAAGCCUUCACUCCCCUCGAAGAUGUGCCAGUCGACUCCUACACCACAGAAAGUAGCUCCAGCAAACAAACUGCAGCAGCCAGCCCCAUGCGUUCCAACUGGCUGCUUACAGAGUCAGCCCAGAGCACAGAACAGGCCACCACUCACAAAACAGACAUUGGUACAGUCCGCUCCGUUCACUACGAUGGGGUUUCAUUGCACUCCGCUGCAGACAAGAGUUAUACCACUUCAGAAAGGGGGAGGUCCGUGUCCAAGAAAACGGGCCAGACAAAAACGAAAAAGGAAAAAGGGGAAAAAAGUAAAGACUCCUUGUAUACAGUGGUGAACAAUCCUAAGAGGUCCAGGCCUUCGCUGUCUCAGGUCUUUGGGGGCACAGGGUCCCCGCGUGGAGAGGAGCUUGUGAAUGGACACCCAGCUUCCACAGUGACCGGGCUCAACGGUACCACCAGCAUCCCAGUGCAGGAGUAUGAGCAGACCAGCGUAACCAUCUCCAAAACCAAACAGUCCCUAGGAAUCAGCAUCUCUGGAGGGAUUGAAUCCAAACUCCAGCCCGUGGUAAAGAUUGAGAAGAUAUUUCCUGGUGGGGCGGCCUCUUCUUGUGAGAUAUUGAAGGCUGGCUAUGAGCUCCUCUCUGUUGAUGGGACGAGCCUGCAGAACGUGACUCACCAGCAGGCAGUGAACAUCAUCCGGCGUGCAUUCAGCAACAAGACACGGGACCCCAUGGUGUUUGUGGUGAAGGUACCCAAAAAAACAAUGUGAAGAUUGCAGGGCUUGUGCAUCCCUGGUGCUCCCGGCAUCUAGUAACAUCUGACAAUCCAAUUGGAAAAACCCCUUUUAGAUUAACUCAAGUGCCAAAUUAAUUAUUCUUUGAAACAAACUGUAUUUAGAAGCUGUAUCUGUGUACCGUAAUUUGAUAAUUACAUUUAGACUUAACUUUUGCGGUUAACAACAUUAGAGCAAGUUAUCAGAACAGUAUAGUUAAAAAGAAAAUUAAAACAGGGAGAUAAAAAUGCUCUGAAACAAAUUACAAAGCAGCCUGUCCUGAGACGAGGACAGUGGCACUGAAGGGGUUAAUUGCAGACAACUGAUUUGCACGCUGUUUAGGUACAGUAGACAGGACUGGCCAGUCACAGCACCUCAUAGAACUGCUCACCUGUAGACAGGACUGGCCAGUCACAGCACCUCAUAGAACUGCUCACCUGUAGACAGGACUGGCCAGUCACAGCACCUCAUAGAACUGCUCACCUGUAGACAGGACUGGACUGCAGUCACUGCACCUCAUAGAACUGCUCACCUGUAGACAGGACUGGACUGCAGUCACUGCACCUCAUAUAUAGUCCAGUCCUCUCUCAAUUAAUCUAUGUAGUCCAGUCCUCUUUCAAUGUACUCACAGAUUUAUGAUGCAUUCCUGUAUUUACAGAUUUGUUAUGUGUAUGCAAUACUGUAUAUUAAUUUGUAAGGCAUUAUUACAGAAUUUGUAAAAAUAAGUAAUUCACCUUUCUUUUUUUUGUAAAUGCAAUACAAAUUGUGCAAUAUUUAGACCUGUAAUGAGUGCCUUAAGUUGGUGUAUUAAAUUAAAAAGCUUUACAAUGACACACUGUUUCGACGUUUUACAGUAGACUGCAAAUAAUGUACAAGUUUCAUCUUGCAAUAAAUAUAUG